CAACCUCCAAAACCUCCUCUCCCCUUCUGAUCAUCUCUCUCUCUCUCUCUCUCUCUCUCUCUCAACGCACUCUGUUUUCAUUACCGCCAUCCUCCUCUUAAAAACACAAAACUACCAUAUUCUAGCAAUUAGCAAAACACCUCCUCCGGCAUUUUACUAUAGCAAAACUCAAAAUCAUCAGGGAUGAGUGUAUUACUACUCACAACACUAACUCUCCUCUUCACCCUCAUCUCCGUCACUUCCAGCUGCACUACAUCAGACCUAGCAGCGUUACAAGCCUUCAAGUCUACCCUCGAUGAACCAUACUUAGGCAUCUUCAAUACCUGGGCAGGCACCAACUGCUGCUCCAACUGGUACGGCAUCAGCUGUGACCCCACCACGGGCAGAGUCGCAGACAUCAACCUGCGUGGUGAAUCCGAAGACCCCAUCUUCGAAAAAGCUGGCAGGUCAGGUUACAUGACAGGUUCCAUCAACCCUUCAAUAUGCAAACUUGACAGACUGUCUACUCUCAUUCUAGCAGACUGGAAAGGGGUUUCAGGUGAAAUCCCUGAAUGUGUUGUUUCUUUAAGUAAUCUCCGAAUCUUGGAUCUCAUAGGUAACAAGAUCUCUGGCAAGAUUCCUGGUAAUAUCGGGAAUCUACAGAGACUCACGGUUUUAAAUCUUGCCGAUAACGGACUCACUGGAGAGAUUCCUUCGUCACUUACAAAGUUGGCAAACAUGAAGCAUUUGGAUCUUAGCAACAAUAUGCUGACUGGUCAGUUACCUUCUGAUUUUGGUAACUUGAAAAUGCUUAGCCGUGCAUUGUUGAGUAAAAACCAGCUUAGUGGAGCCAUACCAAGCUCUAUAUCGGUUAUGUAUCGGCUUGCAGACUUGGAUUUGUCUGUUAAUCAGAUUUCGGGUUGGCUACCAGACUGGAUAGCCAGCAUGCCGGUUCUUUCUACGCUUAACUUGGAUAGUAACAUGAUUUCCGGUCCAUUGCCACAGUCUUUGUUGAGUAGUACCGGUUUGGGGAUGUUGAACUUGAGCAAGAAUGCUAUUGAAGGUAACAUACCGGAUGCUUUCGGGCCAAAAACUUACUUUAUGGCUCUUGAUUUGUCGUACAACAAUUUGAAGGGACCGAUACCCAGCUCACUUUCGUCGGCGGCAUAUGUGGGGCAUUUGGAUUUAAGCCAUAACUAUCUCUGCGGACCAAUUCCUGUUGGGUCACCAUUUGAUCACCUUGAAGCAUCCUCAUAUAGUUUUAAUGAUUGUCUUUGCGGGAACCCAUUGAGGGCUUGUUAGUGUAUUGAUCGGCCGAUAAAGCGUCAAAUUGGGGGUUUCGUUUUUCUCCCGGGGUACCGGGUGAAUGUUGUUUCAUAGAUGUGUCAAAGUGUCGUUAUUGUAAAAGUAUCAUCAUCGUACUAAAGCUUGAGUUAUUUCUA